AUGUCUCGAUUCUCUCGCUACGACACCGACGAAGAGCGCCUCCCCGAGGGCAUGACCCGCGUCGGAUACGAUGCCGACACUCAAGUCUAUACUUUUCAAGACGCCGACGGGAGCUACUGGGAAUCGGCGCCGGGCUCUCAAUACGGACGCCUGACGAGAGUCGGAUCCGGCCCAGCCGACCAUGGCGACGACGACAGCGACUCGGAUCCGUUCCUCGCGGGCCAGACUGCAGCGCUGCCAAAGGUUUCGUGGCGACACGACAUGAUGCCUCUGCUGAAUUUUGGGGUUCUGGUUGGCCUGUCGCUGCUUGUGCUGUUUUGGUUCAUUGGGCGCAAGCCGGCGGAGGAGAAGCUGGAGGUUGUCACGUGUGAGCAUAGCGUGACGAUUCAGGAGGGUGAUAAUUGUUGGGAUAUUGCGCAGGCGGAGGGGAUGAGUGUUGAUGAGAUUUUGGGGAUGAAUACGGGGUUGGAUUGUGGGAAGCUUGUGGUUGGGCAUACGAUUUGUUUGAAGAGGGGGGAUGAUGUGAAAGAUGCGGUGGAGUGA